AUGACCGCGCCAUCCAUCGCCGUCCUCCCCGCGACCGCAGACGACCUCCCUCGCCUCGUCGCGGCGUCAACGAGCGCCUUCAAGCCGUCGCUCUUCGAUAGGCGGCUGUUCGGCGGCGUCAGCGAUGACGACUACCGCGAGAUGUGCACGAGCAUGUACGCGAGCGCAGUCGGGCACGAGGGAAGGAUCCUGCUCAAGGCGGUCCUCGAGGGAGAGGUCGUGGGACUUGCGUCGUGGCGGCUGCCUGGGUGCAAUGUCAAGGCACGCAAGGGUCUGCAGUACCCUGCCGGGACGAACCUCGAGCUGGCGGCGGAGAUGUUCUCGCAGGAACCCGUUGAGGAGCCUCACUUCUACCUGAGUACGCUCGCCGUCGACCCCCGCUACCAGCGACGAGGAGUCGGCGCCGCGUUGUUGCGCUGGGGCUGUCGGGAGGCAGACGACGCAGGCUUGCCCGUCUACUUGCGCGCUUCAGACGACGGACUCGUGCUGUACGAGCAAGCUGGAUUCGAGCGUCUUGGUGAACCCUUCAUCCCGAAACUCGACCCAGAAAUCCACCUGCAACCAAUGUACCGCCCGCCCUUUCGCGUCGUCCCCGCCUCACGAGCCGACCUCCGCUCCCUCGCCUCCGUCUACCGCCGCGCCUUCUCGCCCGGCGUAGUCACCCGCUAUUGCUGGAGCUCCGUCUCCCCCUCUGCACUCGACGAAUGGUUUAUCAAGCGCCUCACAGGCGUCUUCGAGAAGCGCGAAAAGGGGGAUAAAAUGCAAGUGCUGGCGGGAAAGAGGGGAGACAAGGUUGUUGCGAUGGCUUAUUACAGCAUCGAGGCGGAGACGGACAAGAUGCAGAAGGACGAGGAGACGAGGGAGUUGCCGGAGGGCGCGAAUGAAGAGCGGACAAAGGACUUGUUCGGACAGGUCGAGGAGCUGGUGAAGGGGAUCGAGUUUGCGAGAUUAGCGUGGCAUGUCCUUGCUGUCGCGCCUGAAGCGCAGGGAACCGGUGUCGGCAAGAAGAUGAUGCAGGCGGUACUCGACGCUGGCAAGGCGGCUGGACUGCCCGUCACGCUGGAGGCGACCGAGGAGGGUCGGCCUAUGUACCAGCUAGCCGGCUUCAAGGACUUUGCGGAAGUCAUCGUCGCGAAGAACGACGAGAGUGUCAAGCUCUGGCCGAUGAUCCUCGAGCAGUCGGAGGACUAG